AUGAAGUCUCUUCGCACUCAAAUUCCAAGCCGCUGGCCAGCUGCAACUGGUUUGCGACUGUCAUCCAGCACAGCAUUCAUCCCUUGUGGCCGGAACGUGAGUCCACAAUUUCAACAAGGCAGUAGGGCGACAUACGCGGACCAGAGGCUUCAGAAGAAACAGUCUCCAUUAAACCAAUCCUUUUCAAUCUCCACGUAUUGCACAAAAUAUACCACUGCAAAUACCUACCCACGCAGUGUUCAGCAAUGUGCAAGAUACAGUACUAGCGCCACCACAACCAAACAACCAACAAUCCACAAUGUUUUCGAAUCCAACACUGGAACAUGGCAAUACAUCGUAGCAGACCCCGCUACAUCCAAAGCCGUCAUCAUCGAUCCAGUCCUCAACUACGAUCCAUGCACGCAGACCAUCACAACAACCUCUGCUGAUGCCUUGCUCGCCUUGGUCAAGGAAAAGGGUUAUAUGAUCGAACGCAUCCUCGAAACUCACGCGCAUGCAGACCACUUGACAUCUUCAUCCUAUCUGCAAAAACAGCUUACCCAGUCCCAAGGCUUCAAGCCGCCUAUUGGCAUUGGCAAACGCAUUGAACAGGUGCAAAAGCUAUUCGGUCAGCGCUACGGACUGGCCAAGGAUGAAUGGCUCGGCGUCUUUGAUAAACUCUUCGACGAUGAUGAAACAUUUUCUGUUGGUGAAUUAACCGCAAAGGCAAUUCAUCUCCCCGGUCAUACGCCCGAUCACCUGGGCUACCAGAUUGGAGAUAACGUCUUCUGCGGGGACACCCUUUUUCACGCAGACAUUGGCACCGCUCGCUGCGACUUCCCCGGCGGCGACGCAACCCAUCUCUUCCAAUCAGGUCGUCGACUCCUCGGUCUAGAUGAUCAUGUCAAGAUCUGGCCUGGUCAUGAUUACCCGCCCGAGGGCCGGGAGCCAAUACCUUGGAUGAGUGUGCGAGACCAGAGAGAGCAGAAUAAGCAUCUGAGAGGCGUUGUUACUGAGAAGGAGUUCGUGGAGAUGCGGACGGAGAGAGAUAGGAAUCUCAGUGCGCCGAGAUUGUUGCAUCAGUCGCUGCAAAUUAAUAUUCGGGCUGGACGGUUGCCGAGGAAAGAGGAGUCGGGGCAGCGACUGCUGCGAUUACCGUUGAAGUUGAGUGGGUUGGAUUGGUAG